UUGGCUGUUCAGGUCGCGGACAAGUUUGCCCCGAAUGGAUCUCACCGUUUCGUUGGACUUUGUAUUGAAAGGUACAAUGAAGGACUUUGGACCACUUUUACAUUGCGCAAUGUGAUUGACAAGACAGCCGUUGAGAUUGCCUAUGAGCUGUACAAUCCGACAUUGCAGUCAAUCGAAGUGUUACUUCUGGAAAAGCGUUUAGACCAAAACCUUCUGUAUCUUCGUGAUGCUCCUCUCCAAGAAAGUCGAAUCCCAUUCGAUAUGACUCCCAUUCCUCACCCGUCAAAUACCCCGCCGAUUUACCACUUGAAUUGUGUGUGUGCGUGUACGGUUAUUUGCUUUUCACGUUAUCUCCACAACACAGUCUAA